AUGGUGUCACGUGUAAUUGUGCCGUCCGUGCGAACGGAAGAGGAACAACAACACAUCGCGUAUCACUUGCUUGUCGAAUUGCUCGCUCAUCAAUUUGCAUUUCCCGUUCGAUGGAUCGAAACGCAAGAUGCUUUGUUUGCGAGGGAACGGCAGAUCGCCCGCUUUGUGGAGCUCGGCCCUUCAUCCACUCUGACCAAUAUGGCCUCGAAGACACGGGUAUCCCGCUAUGACACAGUGGAUUCAUUACUUGGGCUUCAUCGCGAGUUCCUUUCAAGCGUAGAGAAUCUCUCACGGGUUCGCUAUCACUACGAAAGCAGACCUGAUGCAGACGAGGAAACAGAGGAGGAAGAUGUGACUUCCGAAAUCGUUGAUACAACAGCGCAACCCGCUCCACCCGCUGAUGCUCCAACUUCAUCGGCAUCAGACAUCGUUCCGACUGCUAGCAUCGACGAUGUACCAAUGCACGCAUUGCAGCUGAUUACGAUGUUAGUGGCAUUCAAGCUACGGAAGUCAAUGGGCAAGAUUUCUGCUAGACAAUCGCUGAAGGACCUAUCUUCUGGAAAGUCAACACUGCAAAAUGAACUUAUGGGAGAUCUCACGGACCAAUUUGGCUCUGUUCCGGAUGGCGCUGAGGACAUGCCCCUUUCAAACCUCGCGGACGCUCUGGAGCCACAUAAUCCCGGUCAAGUUAGCCAAGCGUUUUCGGAAAUGAUUUCGCGGUGGGUUUCGUCCACACUACCACCGAAAUUCACCUUGAAGUCCAUGCGGCAAUACCUGGAAGCUACAUGGGGUUUAGGUUCAUCUCGUCAGAUGUCUGCCAUUGUCUUCGCAAUGACACAAAGUAUUGCUGACGCUACAUCUCGUCUGUCCUCUAUUGGUGCCGCGAAAUUGAUGCUGGAUGAUGCUGCUGCCAAAUAUGCAGCUUACUGUGGCCUGAAGUUGCAGAAAGCUUCAGCCACAACGAAACGUUCAACUGCCGCGAUGACCAUGGACAGUGAGUCGCUUGAGAAGCUCACACAAGACCAAAAGCGCCUCGGGACCCUGCAGCAUCAGGCGCUAGUGCGCUACCUCGGCAUUGAAGACGUCAGUAGAGGGAAACUCCUGGAACUGGAAAGCCAGUUUAAGACUCAACUGAAUCGCCUCUCGCUCUGGACAUCUGAAUAUGGGCCAGAUUUUGAGAAGGCUAUCCAACCAACCUUUAACAAAAAUCACCUCCGACAUUUCGACUUCUGGUGGAACCAGACCCGGGUGGAUGUAUGCCGUCUCUAUCACGAUCCCGCAUCCCUACAGUCUUUGGUGUCUUCCGCUGCAUCCGACCAAGCAAAUUGGGACUCCCUACGACAUAUUGCAAACAGAUCGAACCAGCAGACUCUAGAGUUGAUUUCCCAUAUGAUAACUUCCUCUACAUCUCAAAAGGAAAAAGCUCCUUUCACUGUUACUGGCAGGAUCCUCGCAAAUAUGAUCCGGGAUAACCUAUCACUCCCACCACGGGCAUCCUUUGCAUUCGUGCCAUCAGCACCUCGCACCAGAGUCAACCCGGAUGGGUCCGUCAGUUAUUCAGAAGUUGCACGUCUUAGAUCUCAAUCGAGCGCUCAGUAUGCGCAGGUCCUCCAAGAUGGACAGCAUACAGCCUUGAAAACUCAGUCGGGGGGUUCUUGGGACAUCAAUCGCGACUUAACCGGCUACCAUUGGGAGGCCAUAUCGCGUGCUCAGCAAGAAGGUCUGUCUUUCCACAAGAAAGUGGCCCUCAUAACCGGAGCAGGCAUAGGCUCUAUUGGAGCUGAGCUGGUCAAAAAGUUGCUCAUGGGAGGAGCAACUGUGAUUGUGACUACCAGUCGGGCGGUCUCCCGUGCUCAAGCAUUCUACCAGAAGAUUUAUCGCGAUUUUGGUGGUCGUGACUCUGAGCUAUAUGUCCUACCCUUUAACCAGGCAAGCGUGACAGACUGCAAAGAGCUGAUCGAGUACGUUCACGAUGAGUCUGGUCUUGCCCGCAAUAUAGAUGUUCUCAUUCCCUUCGCUGCAAUGCCUGAAGACGGAGCGGAGAUCGAUCAAAUAGGACCUAUGUCAGAGGUAGCUCAUCGCUUGAUGUUGACGAAUGUUCUCCGCCUGAUCGGAAAUGUCGUACAACAGAAGACAAAUCGAGGGCUUCAUUUCCGUCCCACUCAAGUCUUGGUUCCUCUGUCCCCUAACCAUGGGACAUUUGGAGGAGACGGCCUCUACUCAGAAUCAAAGCUAGGGCUCGAAAGUAUCCUCAACCGUUUUGCCUCCGAGUCCUGGAAGGACAAAGUCUCUGUUUGCGGUAUCAUUAUCGGCUGGACGCGUGGGACUGGACUAAUGGAGUCUAACGACAUCCUCGCGGAAAGCGUGGAAGCGCAUGGUGUCCUGUCGUUCUCACAGGAGGAAAUGGCACUGAAUAUCCUCUCCCUUCUCAUUCCCGAAAUUUCGACUUUCUGUGAGGAUGAAGCUAUCCUAGCCGAUUUUGGAGGCGGAUUGCAACAGCUUCAAGAGUUGAAGAAGAUCACAACCAAAGCACGGUCGACAAUUCGCCAGCAGCAGCAAUGCCACAAGGCGAUAUUCGAAGAAGACGCUCGAGCAUACAAUUUAACCAAUGGGCCUCCUCAGGACCUUACCAAGCUUGAAUCGUCUGCAAUCCCACGACCCCGGCGAAGCAGGCUUGAAUUGAAGUUCCCCACCUUACCCAGUUACGAUCAGGAUCUCAAAACCCUCCCUGACCUUGAAGGCAUGGUGGACCUGAGUAGUGUGGUUGUUAUUGUUGGGUUUUCCGAGCUUGGGCCUUGGGGUAAUUCCCGAACCCGCUGGCAAAUGGAGAGCCAGCGGAAGUUGGCUCAAGACGGAUACAUCGAAAUGGCCUGGAUUAUGGGUUUGAUCAAGCACUUCGAUGGCCAACUCAAGUCAGGUGAGCAUUAUGUCGGCUGGGUCGAUGCGAAAAAUGAAGAACCCAUUGGAGAUGACCAAGUUGCCGCAAGAUACCACGCCAACAUCCUAGACCAUGCGGGUGUUCGGUUGAUUGAACCUGAAGCUCUUGGUGGUUACGAUCCAAUGAAGAAAGAAUUCUUGCAAGAAAUUGCAGUGGAAGAAGACCUUCAUCCGUUUGAAUGUACCCGGGCGACAGCAGAUGCUUUCCACAGGAAGCAUGGCGAACACGUUUCCAUCCAUUAUUUGGAUGAAUCAGACACGGUUCGAGUACAAAUCAAAGCCGGUGCCCACCUCUGGGUGCCGAAGAUCGUGCCGCUUGCCUCAAGUGUGGUGGCUGGUCUACUACCAACCGGGUGGAAUGCGGCCCGAUAUGGAAUCCCCGACGACAUCAUUGGCCAGGUGGAUAACGUAACACUGUACACGUUGUGUUGCGUGGCUGAAGCAUUCCUGAGCGCGGGUAUUGAGAACCCACUUGAAGUCUUCACCAAGAUCCACUUGGCAGAGAUUGGAAACUUCAUUGGAAGUUCCUUGGGCGGGACUGACAAAAAUCGGGAGAUGUUCCAUGACGUUCGCCUCGACAAGCGUGUCCAGGGAGACGUGCUUCAGGAAACCAAUUUGAACACGCCUGCUGCCUGGGUGAACAUGCUUUUACUUGGCUCCAGUGGGCCUAUCAAGACCCCCGUGGGCGCCUGUGCGACCAGUCUGGAAUCUAUGGAUCUGGGCAUUGAUUCUAUUGUGAAUGGGAAAACGCGCAUGUGUCUUGUAGGCGGUACAGACAACCUGCAAGAAGACGAAUCCUACGCCUUCUCGACCAUGAAAGCUACUGUUGAUGCCGCCAAGCAGUUUGCUGAGGGCCGACAACCAGCUGAAUUCUCCCGUCCUACGGCAGAGACCCGAGCUGGCUUUUUGGAAGCCCAGGGCUGCGGAGUUCAACUUAUUUGCAACGCCGAGAUGGCCAUAGAGAUGGGAUUGCCCAUUUACGCUGUGGUGGCUGGCUCAACAAUGGCAUCCGAUAAGAUCAGCCGCUCAGUUCCUGCACCGGGCAAAGGCCUCUUGACUUUCGCCCGAGAAACACCCGCAGCCGUCAAUUCCCCAUUGCUCAACAUAAAUUACAGACGAGAAGGAUUGCAUGCCAGUCUCUCACGUGCAUCCGACGCUGACAUCCGCCAGCGUCAAGUCACGAGCGCUCCCACUGGUGCGCCCAAGGACGUCGAUCCAAUCCUCACUCAGCAAAUUCGGAAACACUGGGGAAAUCAGUUCCGUGUUCAGAACUCAGAGAUUUCCCCUUUAAGGGCCUCACUCGCAGUCUUUGGACUCACCGUCGAUGAUAUCGGAAUCGUGUCGCUCCACGGGACAUCUACCAAAGCCAACGAUAUCAACGAACCCGAAACAAUUAACACUCAAAUGACCCAUCUGGGUCGCAAGGGGCCUCCCCUUCUGGCCAUGUGUCAGAAAGCCACCACGGGUCAUCCUAAAGCUGCAGCCGCUGCUUGGAUGCUUAACGGAUGCCUCCAGGUCUUGCAUUCGGGCUUGGUACCGGGAAACUUCAAUUGUGACAAUAUCGACCCCGCCCUGCAACAGUUCGAGCAUUUGGCCUUCCCCAAUGAGACGUUGCGGGUUCCGGGAGUCAAAGCUUUCCUUUUGAACUCCUUUGGGUUUGGCCAGAAGGGCGCCCAGAUGGUGGGUGUGGCUCCGAGGUAUCUAUUUGCAACGCUGGGGAGUGAUUGUUACGCUGGUUAUGCCCGCAAAUACAGUCAACGGAUCAAACUAGCGAACCACGCUUUUGCAAAAUCCGUGAUGUCAAACUCGAUUGUAAAAGCUCAGGAGCACCCUCCAUAUCGGAAGGAAGACGAAGCCACAGUGCUUCUAGAUCCGUUAGCACGUGCGCGUAUUCACCCCGAGACCCAGAAGAUUUAUUUCGACCCUGCCAAUCUUCACGGGGACCCUGUCGAAGUUGCACUGACUGUCGAGCGAACUGAAGCGCCGAUAUCAUCGGCUUUACCCCUUGGUGAAACCAAGUAUGGAGACCUCUCAUUCAGCAUGGAAGCAUAUGAUGUUAUCGACCGGCUCCUGAGCGACAUUGGAGUCAUGUCCUCUCCAAUCGGCUCCAUAGGUAUCGACAUUGAGUCCAGCACCGAGUUUUCUUCGGAUUUGAACCCUACAUUUCUCGCACGAAACUAUACGCGCGCCGAGCGCGAGCACGCAAGCCGCUCUCGGGACCCUCACAGUGUUUACGUUAGCCGCUGGUGCGCAAAAGAGGCCGUAUUCAAAAGCAUGGGUGUGAAAUCCCAGGGUGCGGGCGCCGCUAUGAAUACAAUCGAGAUCUGCACCUACGACAAUGGCUCUCCACGUGUACAGUUGCACGGUCUUGCUCUUCGCGCGGCUCAGGACGCGGGUAUCACAAACGUGCUACUCAGCAUUUCUCACGGGCAUGACACGGUCAUUGCUGUGGCAGUGUCACAACGUACUGCGUCCACGCCAUUGGUGAGCGGUAUCUCACUCCAAGAGCCACAGAACGCGAUGAUGAAAGACAUGAAUGAGUAUGUGGAAGAGAUUGUGAUAGUGGACGACUAG